CGUGGGUCGGCCCAGCGCGUCGUCGACGGGGCGCGGAGCGCGGCCGGUGGUUUCUGUGGCCGGUCGGCGUCCGCUCGCUCGGCUCUUCGCCCUCCGCCCCGACGAGGCGUCUGUGGCCGAGCUUCCGCAGUCAUGCUGCGGUCGGCGCGGCUCGCGCGGUUCCUCUGAGUCCGGGAACGGCGGCGAGCGCGGCGGGCUCGGGUCGCCAUGCCUACCCCAGUAAAGUGAACCAGCAGGCAACAGGAUCACGGAGCAGGAAGAUGGACUAGAAAACAGUCUCGCAUCAUGAAGGACUAUGUUCAGGUGCCUGCAGCCGAGCUGGAGAAACCUUAUGAGUUUACUUCACCAGGGGAGUCAUCCACAUGUCUUUACCUGAGAGUGUGUUGCUGCUGCUCUGCUCUGCGUCCUCGCUACAAACGCCUGGUGGACAACAUAUUCCCUGAAGAUCCAAAAGAUGGCCUUGUUAAAGCUGAUAUGGAGAAACUGACAUUUUAUGCAGUGUCUGCACCAGAGAAGCUCGAUCGAAUAGGUGCCUAUCUGGCAGAAAGGCUGAGCAGGGAUGUUGUCAGACAUCGUUCUGGGUAUGUUCUAAUUGCUAUGGAGGCGUUGGACCAGCUUCUUAUGGCCUGCCAUUCUCAAAGCAUCAAACCAUUUGUAGAAAGCUUCCUUCAUAUGGUAGCAAAGCUCCUGGAAUCAGGGGAACCAAAGCUUCAAGUUCUUGGAACAAAUUCUUUUGUCAAAUUUGCAAAUAUUGAAGAAGAUACACCAUCCUAUCAUAGACGUUAUGACUUCUUUGUAUCUCGAUUCAGUGCCAUGUGUCAUUCCUGCCAUAGUGAUCCAGAAAUACGAACUGAGAUCCGUAUUGCUGGAAUACGAGGUAUUCAAGGUGUGGUUCGCAAAACAGUUAACGACGAACUUCGGGCUACCAUUUGGGAACCGCAGCAUAUGGAUAAGAUUGUUCCCUCGCUUCUGUUUAACAUGCAGAAGAUAGAAGAAGUUGACAGUCGCAUAGGCCCACCUUCUUCCCCCUCUGUAGCUGACAAAGAAGAGAACCCUGCAGUGCUGGCUGAGAGCUGUUUCAGAGAACUGCUGGGCCGAGCAACUUUCGGGAAUAUGAAUAACGCUGUUAGGCCAGUUUUUGCGCAUUUAGAUCAUCACAAGCUAUGGGAUCCUAAUGAAUUUGCAGUUCAUUGCUUUAAGAUUAUAAUGUAUUCUAUUCAGGCUCAGUAUUCUCACCAUGUUAUCCAGGAAAUUCUUGGACACCUUGAUGCUCGUAAGAAGGAUUCUCCACGGGUUCGAGCAGGUAUCAUUCAGGUUCUGUUAGAGGCUGUUGCUAUUGCUGCUAAAGGUUCUAUAGGGCCAACAGUGCUGGAAGUCUUCAACACCCUGUUGAAACACCUGCGGCUCAGUGUGGAAUUGGAAGCCAAUGACUCCCAGCGGGGGUCUGUGGGCAGCAUCACCUUGAGUUCCAAAGACAACGAUGAGAAGAUUGUGCAGAAUGCUAUCAUCCAGACAAUAGGGUUUUUUGGAAGUAACUUACCAGACUAUCAGAGGUCAGAGAUCAUGAUGUUCAUCAUGGGAAAAGUGCCUGUUUUUGGAACAUCCACUCAUACUUUGGAUAUCAGUCAACUAGGGGAUUUGGGAACCAGGAGGAUUCAGAUUAUGUUGCUGAGGUCUUUGCUUAUGGUGACUUCUGGAUACAAAGCCAAGACAAUUGUUACUGCACUGCCUGGGUCCUUUCUGGACCCUCUGUUAUCACCAUCCCUCAUGGAAGAUUAUGAGCUGAGGCAGUUAGUCUUGGAAGUAAUGCACAACCUUAUGGAUCGCCAUGACAAUAGGGCAAAGCUCCGCGGCAUCAGAAUAAUACCAGAUGUGGCUGACUUGAAGAUAAAAAGAGAAAAAAUUUGUAGACAGGAUACAAGCUUCAUGAAAAAGAAUGGACAACAGCUAUAUAGGCAUAUAUAUCUGGGCUGCAAAGAGGAAGACAAUGUUCAGAAAAACUAUGAGCUCCUUUAUACAUCUCUGGCUCUUAUAACUAUUGAACUAGCCAAUGAAGAGGUGGUUAUUGACCUCAUUCGACUGGCCAUUGCUUUACAGGACAGUGCAAUUAUCAAUGAAGAUAACCUGCCGAUGUUUCAUCGUUGUGGAAUCAUGGCACUGGCUGCAGCAUAUCUCAACUUUGUGAGUCAGAUGAUAGCCGUUCCAGCAUUCUGCCAGCAUGUUAGCAAGGUGAUUGAAACUCGAACUAUGGAAGCCCCUUAUUUUCUACCAGAGCAUAUUUUCAGAGAUAAGUGCAUGCUUCCAAAAUCUUUAGAGAAGCAUGACAAAAGUUUAUAUUUUCUGACCAACAAGAUUGCAGAGUCCCUGGGUGGAAGCGGAUACAGUGUGGAGAGGCUCUCAGUUCCUUAUGUGCCACAGGUGACAGAUGAAGAUCGUCUUUCUAGGAGAAAAAGUAUUGUGGAUACUGUAUCUAUUCAGGUGGACAUUUUAUCCAACAUUGUGCCUUCUGAUGAUGUGGUUAGCAACACUGAAGAAAUCACCUUUGAAGCCCUGAAGAAAGCAAUUGAUACCAAUGGAAUGGAAGAACAGGAAAAGGAAAAGAGACGUCUUGUGAUAGAGAAGUUCCAGAAAGCACCUUUUGAAGAAAUAGCAGCACAGUGUGAAUCCAAGGCAAAUUUGCUUCAUGAUAGACUUGCUCAAAUAUUGGAGCUCACCAUACGCCCUCCUCCCAGUCCAUCUGGAACACUGACCAUUACUUCUGGGCAUGCCCAAUACCAGUCCGUCCCAGUCUAUGAGAUGAAGUUUCCGGAUCUCUGUGUGUAUUGACUGGCUCAUGAAGACUACAGCAUUUAAAAGAAUGUUAAAGCCUGAAAAACAAGGCCAAGAUGAGUUUUCAGGAUUUGCAUAAUGCUUACUGACAAGUCCUGAAAUGGAAUGGGAUUUAUCUCUAACCAAACACUCGUCAUGCUGUGUUAGAAGUUUAGGAACUCAGAAUUAGAGUACUUCUAAAGGUAGACUUAUACCACGUUAAUUUGUUUUGAAGUUCCUGUUAGCUUUUAAGAUGUAUUGCUUUCACAUUAUGCCGUUGUUAAAUAGUAUAUUUUAAACUUUGCACAAACAUGAUUUUUAAAAAACAAUUGAAAAUGUAUGAAGUGUCUGCUGAUUUCUUAAGUGUCUCCACAACUGCUUAGAAGUUGAUUGCUUUUGUUUUGUUUUCUUCAAAAGUAAAUAUAUUCCUAAUCCUAGGGUUGCAAAUUCUUUCAUGCUUUCUAAACCCAUGCUUCAGAUGGACUGUGUAGACAUUCUUUCAGUCCUCAGUAGUAACAUGUGGCAGGCAUUCCUACAGUAUCAGUGAUAGAAAAAUCUACUGACCAGUAUUCUCACCUAGAUCCUCAUCUGGAAACUGGUCAGGCUUUACAGGUUUUGUGAUAGUUGUGUUUUCUGCUUCAAGUUGAGCCCCUGAACCCUUAGAGCUCACUCUCGGAGCACUGAAAGGUACAGUGUUUUCCACAUAUGAUGUGUUAGUUUACAGACUGCGCUUUGAAACUAUGGUUGUAUUUUGCUAUGAUUCCAUUAAUUAAAUGAAGUAUAUAUUUACUAUAUAAAAGAAAGACAUUAAAAACAGCUACAUGUUCACCUGUGCAGAGUCUAUACAUUUCAGUUUCUUUUAAAUGAAUGAAUUUACAUCUUUAAAAUUUACAUUGUUUUAAAUCUUCAUAGUAAAAAAUUUCCCCAGUGAACCUUUUAAUUUGUAAGAUUUGAACCAAAACUUGUAUGCAUCUCUGUUGAAGAUUAGUUACAUACAUUCAAAAUGGUGCAUGUGUUCUUGUUAAGGUCUGAGUGUAAGCUACUUUUAUUCAAGCUGUGAGACUGCAAGGGCAGUCUGUAUGUGUUGCACAUGCUAGUGAACACCAUCACGUGGUGAAAAUAAGCAUUCUGCAAUUAGAAAAUUUUCUUAGCACAGUUUUGUGAAAUCAUUUCGUAUAACUCUUUUUCAAAUUCAGUUUCUUUUUACAUAAAACAGUAUUCCUAUCAAAAAUUAUAGCUCAAAAAUAAUUUGGUUUUUGUUUUGUUCUGUUUUGUUUUUUAAAUAAAAUGAAAAACAGGAUGUUUUAAAUAUGUGUUUAUGGUUAUUUAGGCACCACUUAUACAAAAAGGAAGAAACAAGAAAAGGAAAUGAACAUAGAAUAGUCAUGCCCAAAAUUUUGAAUAUUUACAACGGAGUAAAACAUCUUGGAGAAGGGUCCAUUAUUUCAGACCUCUGACAGCAUAGCCCAGGCUGCUAAUAGGGGCAGACCCACCAGACCUUGUCCUCAAGGACAGUGCAGUUGCCACCGGAAGACCAGUGGCCUGCUCCAGCUGUCAAUGUAGCUUCUGCUCACACUGGGGAACGUAUCACCAGUUAAUGGUAAGCUUCAUGCAUUUUUGUUUCCCUUUUUUCUUAUGCAUUUUAAAAGAAGGAUAUUAUUUUUUGACUGCAUUUAAAAUAUUAACAGGGGGACAUGCAAAAACAAUCAUCAUCCUCUUGGAUGUCAUUUUAUAAAUUAACACUGUGUGCUUUUGUAUGGAAAAAUAUAUAAUUUAAUAGUAUAAGAAAAGAUAUAUAUUCACUUGCCUUCGUGCAAAACACAAGCUUUGCUGUAUAAAAUUUUGCAUUUCUUAGUGAUUUAAAAAGGCAUGCUUUGCAUGUAAAGGGAAUCCAUUGCAAUUAGUUUUUUAUCAUACCUUUCUCUUGGUUUGACUUUUAUUACUCUUAAACCACAGUACACUUCUGGGUGUAUUAAGUCUAAUAGAUUAAGCUGGUCAUGUUGACAAGGGUUCCCAAGAAAUGGAUGUUUCUCUGUCUUACUCUUCCACAUUUGCAGGGAUUGCCCUUGGGCAGGUGUGCAGCUAGUUCAGGUACUGAUUCUUUAGGACUUGCUGAAGUUCUACAUUGAUAUAUUUUGGCAGGUACUUAUUUGAUACUCGAAAUAAGUUGUGUAUCAUUCUCCUUGCUGUAUACAGUUGGUUUUAUUCUUUUGUGUGACACUGAACAAUUAAUUUAAAUGUUCCUCUUAUUCCUGUGAUGUCUUUGGCUGCUUAUAUUAACUGAACUUGACAUGAUCUUUCAUGUUCUCUCUCAUGUUCUCUUUCCUCCUCUUUCUCCUCUCCCUUCCAUCCACCCUCCUUUAGAACUCAUUAUCCUUUAGAGUAAUAUCACCCUUAACCAGCAGUUUAACUCCCCUCUUUCUCAAACAGAACUCAUUUGUCUCACUAAUGCUGAUAUAUGUAUUGAUGUAAUAAAGUAAGUUUUUUAAAUGUAAAAUUUCAUUGUGCAAUCAAAUGUAAGCAAUAAA